AUGGGACAGGCCGAUAAGCCGGACGCCAGCGGACGACGGCAGUGGCGGUGGCAAACUUCCCAGACUACACAAUGUUGGCCGCCGGGACUAACGCUGCUGCUUGGGCUGCUGCUCAGUGCGUCCAUCGUACAGACCGGUCCAGUGAUCCGAUCGCGCCGCAUGAUCCGCGAGAUUUAUGUCGAAAACUCUCCGGCGGCGCCCGAGGGCGCCUCGGUCGAAGCCUCGGGCGAUAGCGGUGAUGGCAGCCCGGCCGCAGAUUUUGUCGCAAGUGACAUGUGUCUGCACGAUGGCGCGUACGUCGAGCGGUCGGCGAUUUCGUGCGAAAAGAAGCACGGCUGCCGAGCGAUCCAGAAGACUGGCGAGUGCUGUGCAGACUUUCAGUGCGAGUGUCAACGCGAUGGCAAAACGUACGCAAAUGGCGAGAAGCUUUUCGAUCCGAACACACCGUGCCGGUCCUGUUACUGUCAGGGCGGCGAGGUGACGUGCAGUGAGGUGAGCUGCUACAAGCGGAACGAUUGCGACCCAAAGUACAUCCCCGGCCGGUGCUGCCCGGAGUACGACAACUGUCCACCCCUGGAGCACUUCAAGCUGACGGAAUCCGGUGGCCCUAAAGAGAGCGCUGGCGUCACCAGCGGUCAGGAAACGAACGAAGUGAACGGAAACCACGCCGCCGAGCCACCGCUCGCUGCCUCGGAGGCCACUGACCUGGCUGCGGGACAUCAAAAGAUCCAGCAACCCCAGACGGCGCAGCAGCAGCAACAAGAAGCGUCUGCGAGCUCCAGCACCGCAACCCCGGCGACGACGACGACCGGUCCGACGGCGGUGACCGCGACGGCAGUGUCGAACGAUAAUCCGCUCGGUAUCAAGAUCAAAGAAAUCACCAAACCGGAAGAGAUCCGCUUGACCGACAACCGCCCGGCACCGACGCCGGAACCGGCGACCUCGCAGAGCGAAGAGCUGGUCAACCUGGAGCAUCUGGACGUGAACGUACCGGACGAUGAUGGGGGCAAUGGCACGAAAAUCGUGCGCCACACCCCGGACGGGGACAGUAUGCGGUCGGAGGUGGAAGAACCGCCCAAGUCUACGUCGGCCGAGAACCGGGUGGAAUCGUACGAAUCGUCCACCGGCGGAACCGUCUCCGAAUCGGACGAGUGGCUCGACGUGAAGGAGCAGUCCGAGUCUUCCGCCUGGUCCACGACCCCUUCGGCGGUGGCCAGUGUCUCAUCGACCACCCCCGUGCCAUCACCGGCUCCGUCCACGAGUGACCCGACACCGGAUCGGAACGAAGACAGUGACAUGAAGCCGGCGAAACCGGACAACGGUUUGCCGGCCGUGGUGCAAAUCGGCGACAAGCUCGUGAUCGUCGAUCACAACCAACCGAAACCGAUCACCGUCAUACAGGUGGAGGAGGUGGAAGGGUUGCAGCGUGGCGAGGACGACAACGUGUACGAUCAGGAGAUGUACACCGAGCGGUCACCGGCAGCGACCGAAACCGGGCGGGAAUCGUCGAAGAAGCUGAACCUUCACCAGCCGGCCGACUCGGAACAGGAAACACUUUCAACGCAAGCCGACUCCAGCGGGUCGUACGAAACGGUCUGGCACGGUGGAUCCACCGAGCUGGUCGGUGUGUCAUCAUCGGAGGAGGUGUACGAUACCCAGCUCUACACCGAGGGCCCCGAGGAUGCGGCCAGCAACGACACGAACACGUCAAAGUCAGGCGAGCAAGACACGGUCAGCAAGGAAGACUUUUUGCACAUGAACCCAUCACAGGAACCGGCCAAGAUCGUGAAGGCAGAGCAUACCAUCUCCUCCACCACCACCAGCAGCAGCGAAGGAUCUUCGUACGGUAGCUCCGAGGAGGGAAGCACCAGCCUGGCGGACCUGUCGACCUCCCUCAGCCCGGACGCUUCCGGAGACGGUAUGAUCUUCGAGACCCAGUUCUACACCGAAGGCCCCGGCACGUCCUCGGAGGAGGUGAAAUGGCAAGGCGCAACCGAGGACCCAACGGCGAACGAAACGGCAACCGCCAGCGCCUCGUACCCCACGCGCGAUCCGGUCCCCGUGGCCGAUGAGCUGGUGACGCACGGGAAGACCUACAUCGAGGACGACGAGCACGAUCUCAUCCAGCCCGGUUUCCAGCCGAUCCCGGAGGACUUUAGUCUGGCGCAGCAUGACCAACCAUCGCACGACAUGAUGAUACCCGACGAGAUCGAACACGGAUCGGGCAGCAAACAGGAGAAGAUCCUCUCGGAAGUGUUGGAGCUUACGCGGAAGAACGCGACGACGACUGACCGGCCCGACGAAGCUGUCGAACCGGCGGAGGAAGGAUCACCGGCGGUGGCAGAAAGUGGCAGCAUCGAGGAAACGUCAAACUCACCGGCGUGGCUGAAGGAGGACCCGAAACCACAGUCAAGGGCCCCGGGUGAACCGCUCCUGGUGCCCGAAUGGGAACGCUCGAAUACUACCUCCGGCAAUAGUUCGUCAUCCGCCUCCGAGGAACAGGAACUCGAGUCCGGUUCCGGAGAGCACCAGUCCGGGGCGGUUCUGAAAGUUGGUUCGGAAGAGGAAGGCUCGGGAGAGGAAAGUAGUACCACGGAGAUGGUGGCUACCUCAGCUGCCCCGCUCAAGGCGGAAGGUCAUUCCGAGCGGGAACAGGAUGACGAGGAGCAGGACAAGCUGGAGGUUGGUUCGGCUUCGGCACGGUCAGCCCAGGACAUUGAUUCGGUCCCGCCGAUGGCCACGACGGCGGACGAGCAGUCGGACAGCGUGAAGCACAACCCAAAGAAUGACGUCGAGAGCUUGAAGUACGACGAGAACGAGAACGAUGCCACGGCCGACGAAGCGAUACCGAAGAAGGUCCAGCAGCUGGAGGUGAGCGUGCUGGAAGCGUUCCGUGGCCUGCCGUCUCCCGCGCUGACCAGUGUCUGAGGGCAGGCCAGCGGUGUCCGCCAAAUCCAGGUGCCAGUUU